CUGCUGCUGCUGAGAGGGAACAGUUCUACAGCACGAGGAGCCGACGUCAAAACCGAAAACAUCACCCGCCGCCACCCCGGGACGAGCCCGUCCAAGAGCAGAACAGUAAAAGAGGAAAUAAAUGGAUUGCCUGCAAGAGGCGAGUCUCAUCGGGAGCGUUGGGGGCAGGCGGUUUUUUAAGACUGCUUUCUAAGUGCCCCCUGGAGGUACUUUUAUACUCACUUUGUAUGGUUUUGUAAAGGAGUCCGAUUCGAAUGGUCACACUGUGACUGUUGCCUGGAGUUUGGCCGGUUCCCCGUGCUCUUUUUGGUGACACAUUUUGGGGGGGAGCCUCUGAUCACCAAAACCCUACAAGGAACAAAAGCAUCUCAACCGUUGACCCGGUGUCACCCAAGGAGCCUUUGAAGCAUGUGGACUUUUCUAGGCAUUGCCACGUUCACCUAUUUCUAUAAGAAAUGCGGAGACUUCGUCACGCUGGCCAACAAGGAGCUCCUGUUGUGCGUCCUGGUGUUCCUUUCGCUGGGCCUGGUGCUCUCCUACCGCUGCCGCUACCGGCCCGGGGCCCUGCUCGGGCGCCAGCAGAGCGGCUCCCAGUUCGCCGUCCUCUCGGAUAUGCUGUCAGCCUUGCCUUUCAUUGGCUUCUUCUGGGCCAAAUCCCCCCCGGGCUCAGAGAAUAAAGAGCAGCUUGGGUCUAGAAGGCGCAAAAAAGGAACCAAUAUUUCAGAAACAACCUUAAUAGGAGCAGCUCCCUCUUCAUCGAUAUCUUCUCAAAAUGAUCCAGAAGUUAUCAUCGUGGGAUCUGGUGUACUUGGCUCUGCUUUGGCAGCAGUGCUUUCCAGAGAUGGAAGAAAGGUGACAGUAAUUGAGAGAGAUUUAAAAGAGCCUGACAGGAUAGUCGGAGAAUUUCUGCAGCCAGGUGGUUAUCAUGUCCUUAAAGACCUUGGUCUUGAAGAUGCAGUGGAAGGUAUUGAUGCCCAGGUUGUACAUGGCUACAUGAUUCAUGAUAGGGACAGCAAAUCAGAUGUUCAAAUUCCUUACCCUCUGUCAGAAAACAGUCAGGUGCAGAGUGGAAGAGCCUUCCAUCAUGGAAGAUUCAUCAUGAGUCUCCGGAAAGCAGCUAUGGCAGAGCCCAAUACAAAGUUUAUUGAAGGCACUGUGCUACAGUUGUUAGAAGAAGAUGAUGCUGUGAUGGGAGUUCAGUACAGGGAUAAAGAAACUGGGGACAUCAAGGAACUCCAUGCUCCAUUGACUGUCGUUGCAGAUGGACUUUUUUCUAAGUUCAGGAAAAACCUGAUCUCCAAUAAAGUUUCUGUUACAUCUCAUUUUGUUGGCUUUCUUAUGAAGGAUGCACCACAGUUUAAAGCAAAUCAUGCUGAACUUAUUUUAACUAAUCAGAGUCCAGUUCUCAUCUACCAGAUUUCGUCUAAUGAAACCCGAGCACUUGUUGAUGUUCGAGGGGAAAUGCCAAGGGAUUUAAGAGAAUAUAUGGCUGAAAAAAUUUAUCCACAAAUACCUGAUCAUCUGAAAGGACCAUUCCUAGAAGCCACUCAGAACUCUCGUUUGAGAUCUAUGCCAGCAAGCUUCCUUCCUUCUUCACCAGUAAACAAACGAGGUGUUCUUCUUUUGGGAGAUGCACACAAUAUGAGGCAUCCUCUUACUGGAGGAGGAAUGACUGUUGCUUUUAAAGAUAUAAAACUGUGGAGGAAAUUGCUAGAGGGUAUUCCUGACCUUUAUGAUGAUGCAGCUCUUUUCCAGGCCAAAAAAUCAUUCUAUUGGUCAAGAAAAACGUCUCAUUCCUUUGUUGUGAAUGUCCUUGCUCAGGCUCUUUAUGAAUUAUUUUCUGCCCCAGAUGAUUCCCUACAUCAACUAAGAAAAGCUUGUUUUCUUUAUUUCAAACUUGGCGGAGAAUUUGUUGCUGGUCCUGUUGGGCUGCUUUCUGUACUGUCUCCUAACCCUCUAGUUUUAAUUGGACACUUCUUUGGUGUUGCUGUCUAUGCCACGUAUUUUUGCUUUAAAUCGGAACCUUGGAUUACAAAACCCCGAGCCAUUUUCAGUAGUGGUGCUGUAUUGUACAAAGCAUGCUCUGUAAUAUUUCCUCUAAUUUACUCAGAAAUGAAGUACUUGGUUCGUUAAGCUUAAAUGAGGGAACCACUUGUGGAUGAGUAUUUGGAACUCAGCAAGUCCUAAGAGACUUUUGGAAGAGGAUGUAUAUAGCAUAGUACUAUACCACUUCUAAAGUGGAAAUUCUUGGACCAACAUUGGGAUUAACUUGUUUUUGCAGUUAUUUGUAUAUAAACAUGUAAAUAUAUGCUUUAAUUUGCAAUUUAAAAUGAAAGGUAAAUAAGAUAGAUAUUUAAAAAAGAUGAUUGUUACCAUAAAUUAGUGCUAAUACUGAGGAACUGUGGUUUUUCUUUUGAAUUCAGUAUCUGGGAUGAGUCAUUGUGGGACAUGCAAAUAAAAUGAAGAAUGAAUCCUCA